CGAUAGCAAAGCCAUCGAUGUUUUUGCAGCUCAAACUCUAGCAUAAACCACAAUGGCGAAUACAUCAAGUACCGGCGUUGUGGUGCCACGAAAUUUUCGCCUACUGGAGGAACUGGAUCAGGGCCAAAAGGGUGUGGGCGAUGGAACCAUUUCGUGGGGUCUUGAAAAUGAUGAUGACAUGACACUAACCUAUUGGAUUGGCAUGAUCAUUGGUCCACCUAGAACACCAUUCGAGAAUCGAAUGUACUCACUAAAAAUUGAAUGCGGCGAGCGUUAUCCCGAUGAGCCCCCAACGCUCAGAUUUUUAACUAAAGUUAAUAUAAAUUGCAUUAAUCAGAAUAAUGGUGUGGUUGAUCAUAGAUCAGUGCCCAUGUUAGCCAGAUGGAGCCGAGAAUACACUAUAAAAACGAUGCUGCAGGAAAUUCGUAGGAUUAUGACCAUGAAAGAGAACUUGAAAUUGGCACAACCACCAGAAGGUAGUUGUUUUUAGUCAACAACAACAACUAAAGGAACAGCAACAACAACAACAACAGCAGCAGCACCAACAACAACAACUGCAGCAGCAGCAGCAACUACAACAACAGCAGCAGCACUACACACAACUACAACAACAACAGCAGCAGUGGCAACUUUAAGCUGAAAAUGCACGUUCAUCACACGGAUCGACGACAUAGUUGUACGUGCAUGUGUGGGCGUGUGUGUUGAGUCUGUGUAUGUGCGUGCGUGCGUGUGUGUGUGUGUGUGUGCAUGUUACAAUAGAAGAUGGAGCAAAGUCGCAGCGUUGUUGUUGUUGUGAUUGAUGCCCAAUUGCAGCAGCAAUUAAAACAACAACAGCAGCAGCCUGAUAUACUAUAUAAGUAAGAGCCGCAACAACAACAGCAACGUCACUAUUACUGGUCGUCGUCCCUUCCGUCAUCGAACUACGUACUAUGUCAUCAUGUUUUGGUUUAUUCUCCCCAACAUUCUUGAUUAAGAAAUAAAAACUUUAAAACAGAAAACCAACAAA